AUGACCCCAGGAAUCGGUCGGGAGUAUGUGGACAUAGACCUUGCUGCUUGGAUGCGAGUACCCAAUUCCGACGCGCUGCUCCGCGACUUGGCUAUCAUCAUCGCGCAGCGUGGGUUUGUAUUCUUCUGCAAGCAGGAUGGAAUAGACAACGAGCUGCAAAAGGAGCUUGACCAGGGUCUUGGCGAGCUGACGGGCAAGCCUUCUGCCUCUAGAUUGCACAUUCAACCUGUCGGUAACGCAGAGCGCGAGGUUGGAGGCGAUGAUCCCCAGAUCAGUGUUGUAUCCUGA